AUGCACAACCAAAGCUUCAUAACUGAGUUUGUCCUUCUGGGGCUUUCACAGAAUCCAAAUGUUCAGAAAAUGGUAUUUGUUGUAUUUUUGUUUGUGUACAUUGCAACCAUCGGGGGCAACAUGCUAAUUGUGUUGACCAUCCUCAGCAGCCCUGUCCUGAGUGGCUCCCCCAUGUACUUCUUCUUGGCCUUCCUGUCCUUCCUGGAUAUGUGCUUCUCCUCUGUUAUCACCCCAAAGAUGACUGCAGACUCCCUCUAUGAGAGGAAAACUAUUUCUUUUCAAGGCUGCAUGAUCCAAAUCUUUGCUGAACACUUCUUUGCAGGGGUAGAGAUGAUUGUCCUCACAGUCAUGGCCUAUGACCGUUACGUGGCCAUUUGCAAGCCCUUGCACUACUCUUCUAUCAUGAACUGGAGGCUCUGUGGCAUUCUGAUGGGAGUAGCCUGGACAGGGGGCUUUUUGCAUUCUAUGAUACAAAUUCUCUUUACUUUCCAAUUGCCCUUCUGUGGCCCCAAUAUCAUUGAUCAUUUUAUGUGUGACUUGUACCCAUUACUGAAGCUUGCCUGCAUGGACACUCAUAUUGCUGGCAUUUUGGUGGUUGCUAACAGUGGGUUUUUCUGCAUGUUAAUCUUCUUCUUGUUGCUUACCUCCUAUGGUGUCAUUUUGCUCUCAUUGAGAACCCAUAGUUCUGAAGGGCGAUGGAAAGCUCUCUCCACUUGUGGAUCUCACAUUGCUGUUGUGGUUUUGUUUUUUGUUCCAUGCACGUUUGAAUAUGUACGACCUCCAUCUACUCUCUCCUCUGACACAAUGGUGGCAAUAUUUUACACCCUCCUAACUCCUUUGUUUAAUCCUUUGAUAUAUACUUUCAGGAAUAAGGACAUGCAACAAGCCAUGAGGAAAGUGUGUAAAUGGAAAGAAGACUUGGUAACAAUUAAUAAGCCCAGCCAUCUAAGAGAAGCAUCUUAG